GGUACGAUUUCGCCUUAUUGUGUGUAAUUUGGCGCAACUGGCUCGGCACCCUGUGAGGAGUCUCCCUCCCUCCUUGUCUGUUUCUGGGUCUCUGUCUGUUUGCAAGCCUGCGCAUCUCACCCAGGUGAGACAUUUGUGGAGUGCCUCAAUGGAACCGCGACCCUCCACCGAGAAGAUGACAGAGCCCACACCGCCAGACUCCACCACUGUCCCGGACCCGGCUGUAGUUGUGGACCCCACGGUGGUCAACGGACGGUGCGAGCAGGCGGACUCUCUACAGCAGCAGCCCAACACAGAAAAUCACGCAGAGGGCUUUAAGAUGGACCAAGAGAUGAAGAUAACUGACAGCAUAGAGGACAGAGGUCUUCUGGAGAGCAGUAUGCGUCUGAAGCCUCACGAAGCACAGAGUUACCGCAAGAAGGCUCUGUGGGUGUCCUGGGCAUCCAUCGUGGUCACCAUCAUCCUGGCCAUUGCUGCGUUCACGGUUUCUAUCAUGCGCCACAGUGCUUCAGCUUUUGGAUUUGCUUUUGAUGCCACGCUGGAUGUGUUGUCAUCUGUGAUUGUAUUGUGGCGAUACAGCAACGCCGCAGCUGUCCACUCAGCGCACCGCGAGUACAUAGCUUGUGUUAUCCUGGGUGUGGUUUUCAUCCUGUCCUCCUUAUGCAUUAUGGGUAAAGCCAUCCACGAUCUGGCCACCAAACUGCUACCAGAAGUGGACGACUUCCUGUUCAGCGUGUCCAUUGUCAGCGGUUUGAUGUGCAUCAUAUUGGCUGUAAUCAAGUUCAUGCUCGGCAAAGUACUGACAAGCCGAGCUCUCCUCACUGAUGGAUUCAACUCACUGCUGGGGGGGAUCAUGGGCUUCUCCAUCCUCAUCAGUGCUGAAGUCUACAAGCACGAGCCCAAGGUGUGGUACCUGGAUGGAACAAUAGGUGUCCUGAUAGGUCUGAUCAUCCUCGCCUAUGGAGUUAGACUGCUCCUGGACAUGGUCCCCCGCGUCCGACAAACCAGGAACUACGAGCGCUUUGAGUAACGGAUCACAGAGGGCGUGUUUGGGAGCGACUGACAGGAUGGGGACUAUAGAGGCACUCCACAGACAAUCACGAUCAGUCCUCGCGGUGCCAGUGAAGGCGUCGGUGUCUGUGCAGUCCUCCCAUUCAGAGCUGGAAUGGAAGAUGGCGUCAGUGGCAUAUUUUUAAUGUUUUACAGUUUAAUGUACAUAUGACAUGUUCACCUGUUUUUCAGAAGUCAAAGGCGCAGUCUGCUUUUUCAUGCCGCCAUAUUUAAAGAAGGUAACAGAGAUAAGACUGUGGGGGAGAGGGUUAAUGUAAUUUUUCAAAGGUUGUACACAGCUCAGACUGCAGUGUUAUGGAUGCAGAGAUGUUCAGAUGUUCAAUACCUCAGUUACAUGUCAUCACCCCGUCACGACAGAGCAGCUUGUUUUUCCCAUGGUUCCACGAGGCCUUUGCUCAGCUGUGCUAUAAAGCGUUGCAGCACAGCAGGUCAAACUGAUUGAUGUAGCUGAUGUAGCGGUGGAGUAUUAAUGGUGUUUACCUUUUUAUGACUAGAGAGAGGAUAAAUAUCAAUAAAAAGCCCAUUUGGCACAAGAAGCAGGUACAUAAGCACACACACGACAGGCUCAGUGACGUGUGAUUAGCCGUUUAUAAUAUUUAUCCAGACCGCUGCAGCAACAUCCUUCCAGUGCAAGCUUACAAUCUUGGAGCAAAAAAAUAAUCUUUUUUGACACUGAGUCGCACAACAGAGUCGGGACCUGACUGUUCCACUGUAACUCUAACAGAAGGAAAACAAAACGGCUGCGCUGCCUCCCAGGAAAAGCAUUUAUACAAUUAACUUGCGCCAUCUACUGACCAAAAGAGGAGACUACAAAAUGUAGGUCAUUACAUGUGAACGGGUUAUCUAAUAUGCAGUUGUGCUCAGAAGUUUACAUACACUCAUCAUGGGUCUGUCAUGGUAAUUUGGCAUUUUAAACCAGGCUGGAAUGAUUGUUCAGGAUACAUGUGUAAUAAUUAAAUAACAAAAACAAGAACUGGCUGCGGAGGUUUCAGUAUAUUUCAGAUUUUCUUUAGUCCACGCGGGGUCAAAAGUCUACCGAGGAUCAAAUAUAAACACCCCCACUAAUGUCCCUUAGCAAGUUGCACCUCGAGCAGCAGAAUUUGAAUUUAUAACAUUACUUUAUCCACUUUGUGCAGCGCACGUGUAUCCCAGUAAAACAGCAUGAGAGCAUGAUGCUACCACCGCCAUGGUUGACAGUGGGUACAGUGUUCUUCGGUUUGAAAGCCAAACAGCUCAAUCUGUGUCUCGUCUGACCAUAAAAUAUUUGGCUCGUCCAUGUUGGCAGUCACACAUUUCAGUUGUGCUUGAAGGUGUCGUUUUUUUAGCAGGAGGUUCUUUCUUGGUUCAGUGAUCCUUAACAUCUCAACCAAUUUCCUCUUUCCCGAGGGUGAGAGUUGGGGUUUCCUUCCAGGCCUUGGAAAAGUGGUGACACGUCUGAAUAACUUGUACUUGCGUACGAUUCUUUGAACCGAUGAUCUUGGCAUCUGGAGUUGUUUAGAAAUGCCUCCGAGAGACCAUCCCAACCUGUGUAAAUCUACAUAAAAUGUAUGUAAACUUCUGACCACCAACUGUAGCUGAGUGUUUGAACCUGACCCCGAGACAGAAUUCGGCACAUGAGACGCAUGUAAAGGUCAAAGAAAAUGACCUUCACACUAAAUGAACAGAAAAACAGAUUUAUGGCUGAAGCUAAAGGCCCCACGUACACAGGUAUCAGUAAGCUCAGCUUGUUCUUUACCCUGAUGCAGUUUUAGGAGCUGAAAACUAUGAAAGAGUUCCAGACAGAAGCUGUUCACAAACUGUGCGCUGUUUUUAUGUGUGGGCAGCAAGAGCUGAGUUCUUACCUCUGCCAGGGAAGUAAUCUGUUUCAGUCUGUCUGUUAACAGGGCUAGUCAAAAAGCUGCAGAGAGAUUUGCAGGAACAUGUAAUCAGAGGGUAAUUGUAGCGCAGGGUGCAGGUUUUUAACUUUCAGAGGUAAUUGGAUGGAUUCUUCAGAUACCUCGCAAAGUCGAGCAUUAUAAGAUCAGAAAACCUAAGAGAACAUGAACCAAACUUGUCUGGAUUUUUCCUCCUGGGUUCAGUUCAUGCAUGCUCUCUGCUCUUAUGUUUGUAACAUUGUCGUGUCAGCGCUCUGACGAGCCAACCUGUGCAUGAAGUAGGAGUUCUGUUGGUUUGGGCCACAGUUGUGUUUUUGCACGUUAAUGUGGGCAGGUAUGUAAAAACACACACAAACAGACAUCAGUGUACAUGUGGACAAUAAAUCUCAGUAUUUGUCAAACGUGCGUGUUACAAACAGACUAGACCUUUAGAGAUGUGUGAGGUUACUGCUGCUGGAGGAGCAAAUCUUAGAAACUGUUAAGUUCUUUAAAAGAAUCGGAGGUUGAGCUGGUUCAGGUUUGAGUUUAUCCAGGUAACUCCAGGGUUAACCUGACUUUUUACAAUUACAAAGGUGGUUUACUUCGUACUGGGAUAACUUAUGCUGCAGACCUAACGUGCUCUGGAGCUGCGAGUAUGAAAUCACUACCCCGUGACAAUCGGCUGGAAAAUAGCGUCACCAUUCCUGCAGCACCCCUGGGACUGCAGUGCAUGGACAGUAAUGGAAAAGUCUUUUAAGAGCAUCUAAAGUCUUUGUGUUUUCCUGAACAGCAUCAGUAAUAAAUGUAGAUUUGUAGACAGAACUUAAGUUGUUGAUUUUUCAGUUUUAUUGAUCUCUAAGGAUUUAUAUACGAUUCUAAAAUCAUCACAUACACCAAGUCUACAUUUGUAUUCUGUUUUUUAUAUUUAUCCUUAAACAUAACCAGAGCGUGGCUGAAAGAAUAAACUUACAAAAUGAAUUUAUUGAAGUAACAAUUAUAAUCUGUCCGAUUCUGUAUGUGCUUCCUUUGGAGACUUCUUUAGUGUUAACGUAGUUGGUGCAACCACCACCUCUGACACAAAAGCAGCUGGAUUAUUAGUCUAUUAAUCGAUUAGGUUUUGUUUCGUGUACGCUGGAAAAUCAACAGCUUCCGUUCCCUGUUUGUUUGCAUUCACCCUAAAUGGAUCUAACGGGUUGCUGCUCUCUGUGAGUUUGAGGUGCUGAACUCUGGACAACAGCUGGUGGGUUCACGUGUUUCCUGUGUUUAAGAGGAGGACUCCAGCACCAGUGUGGAAAUGAGGAGCAGGACUGGGAGUAGUUACUGGGGCCUCUUUAGCAGCUCUCCUUGUUACCACCUUUACACACAUGUUUGUUACCUGCUGGCUGGUGAAAUGAAAACAGUGUCUGUACUGAACUCAGAGCUCACAGUCCUACAAACAUAUACUGUAGAGGCUGCCAUACUGUUUUGGAUCAAUGGCGGAACCCUAACUGGGAAAUAUUUUAAUGAAAUUCAAUGCAGUGAUGGUUUUGGACAUUAAAUGAGUCGCUGUUUUAUCAGGAGUCAACAUGUUUCCUCUCAUAUGUGAAGCUGCUGUUUGUUUUUGGGCCAUUUAGAAGGGUCGCAGCGACCCUUACAGCUGACUCGUGUUAAUCACUAGCUCGUUCAUUCCUACCUGAAAACCUUUUGUCAAUCAGCUGUGAUGGCGGCACAUCCUCUCCUCAUCUUCGUAUUAAACGACUUUGUACAACAGAGCUCCUCUCCAUCCCAAAGCCUUAAUUUUGCUCAUAGGUGUUUGUGCGACUUGAUCAGGGUUUAUUUUUGUUAGUUUUCAUAUUUCACACAUUUUCCUCAGUCUGUGCUUUGCUGCUGUGACCUUAACUGAAUGUACACACUGUGCUGUGAUACUAGUUUUUAUGAAAAAUCUGUGACUGUGCUGUUUGGUUGGAUUUAUUUAAAUACAAAUAAGGGAUCAAUUCUGUUCCUGAGCUUGUGGAGAUACAUGUGCCUAAAAUCGGUGUGAGAAACAAAACAUGCAGAUUACAGAAAAUUAUUUAGGAAGGCCAUAAUAUUAAGAAAAGAUCACAACAAAAAUACAAACAGCUUGUAAUCACUAAUUUGCUGUCUUCGACAUGUCGUAAACACCGAGAGACACAUUUAACUCCACAUCAGCUCGGUUUUAAACAGAGUUUAAGGCGCUCCUCAGCCUGCUGACUGUACACUUCUUUGCUCGUGUAAAUAAUCUGUAUAGCUGUAAUGUAAAACCAGAGUCUGAGCCAUUUGUCACAGAAAAAAGGUUUAUUUAAAAAUAAAGUUGUAUCCCUCUUACUCGUCAAGAACAGUGAAAACAAAACCAUUGCAUUACCCACUUUUCACUGCUGUUCUGGGGUUUCUGACUUUUAACCGAGAGCAAAACAAAUCUUCAUCCAUGUUGGUGUGUGUGUAGCAGAGUUCAUACAAUGGAGACAUUCAAUGCUGAGGUCAAAACAGAUGAGAUGUGCUGAUUUAUUCUGUCCAAACUUUGCUGAUGGCUUGGUGCUCUGAGCAGAUUCCUCCAGAAACCAAACAGCCUAUGAUCUGAUCAAAGAUGUGCUCUGAACAAGCCCAGCUAACAGAAAAGAAAUAAGGCUCUGGCUGCAGCAGAAGGGGUUUAGCUGAUCACUUAAGCAGGCCUCAGAGUCAUAGUUAUUAAGAAGCGACUGUGAAGGGUUCAAAAUAUUUGCCUAUUUGCUGAAAAAGGAAUCAUGCUGGGUAUCACUGUUGGUGUAGCAUGAACUCAAGCAUUCCCACACUGGAUAUGUACGAGCUUUAAACGCUGGUGAUAUUCUACCUUUAAAAAAAUAAAUAAAAAAUCAUGACCAAGUUCCAUAAAAAGACCAAAACCAUCAAUGAGCAGAUUGCUCCAGUAACUCCCUUAUGCAUGUGCCGUUUAGUUUGACUCAGUCCCACCUGCUACUCCGUCCUCAUGUUUUAAGAAUGGCUGCUAAGCACUACAGUGCAGUAAUCAUCCUGUGAGUCACUCAGUACUUGUGUGUAUUUGUCAUCAAGUGUGAAAUGUGGUCCCGGAGAUACUAGUGGGACUAUUUUGACGGCGUUUAAAUGUGCAUUAAAGAUGAAGAACCACAGGUGCAUGGUUGAUUUAAACGAUGUGUGUGAUCACACUGGUCUAAACAUUGACAUAUUCAGUGCUACCCAAAUACAAGGCUUCACUUACAGCCCUGAUUUUUUUUUUUUAAAUUCUAAAAAAAGAAUAGAAAAAAAAUGUAACCAUCCAGAUUGAUCUAUUAGCUGACAAUCCCCUUUCUUUUAUUCUGAAAGUUACUUCAGUUCAGUUUGUUAUAUAACCAAAUCACAACAACAGUGACCUCAAGGCGCUAGAACACAGAGAGAACCCCAACAACUUACCAUGGGCAAGCACGGCCCCCCAUGAGCAAGCACGGCCCCCCCAUGGGCAAGCACGGCCCCCCCAUGGGCAAGCACGGCCCCCCCAUGGGCAAGCACGGCCCCCCAUGGGCAAGCACGACAAACGGCUCCUAGCUCGUCUUUCCUACUAGCGGGGUCAGCUGCUUCUUGACUCAGUCAGAUGUACUCUAACUCCCCUUGGACUUUCAUUUCAAGUAGAAGUAAGUAAAGAAGUACCAGCUGCAGUUUGACACAAACGGAGUCGUCUGCUUGAUGACAGAGUCACUGGAGAGGCAGCCGAUUAUUGCUCUAUUAUUUAUUGUAGAACAGCACAUACUGUGAUAUUUCACAAUUCACUGAUCAAACUGUAGGUAUGCCUCCUUUUAAAUGCAUGCCCCCCGAAACUGAUUACUGGACUCCAGUUUUACAUUUUUAACAGGAACCAAUGUGGAAACCAGCGAUUUGCACUAAUGCACUGUUGGUUUUGGUUUUUUUAUGGGAUUUGUUUUGAAGCACCACCAGAUGCUUUUCGUGAAAGUUUAAAAAACACUCGUUUUUUUCUUCAAGCUUGAAGCCACUUGUGUAUCUGUCACAUGUGCUGCAGGUUAGAUAGGACCGGAUAACUGAGUAAUCAGUUUAAGGCAUUCAAAAUCAGACAACCCAUUUAUUCUACAUGUGCUGUGAUCAUCUGAUUCCUCUUAUUACUGACUACUCAACUGGUUAAUCGCAUUACUAUCACACAUGUAAAUCCACAUAGCUUGACUGGUAAACAUGAUGGUAAACUGCUUUCUUUCUUUUUUAAUUUAGUUCUGAAAAACAAAGAGCCUAUCAGUUUUAUCACUUUUCCAAAUAUCUUCAUCAAAACGAUCUUAAGAUGUGGACAGCCAAUUUAAAUUUCUUAAAAUGAAUUUAAAUCAAAAAACAAAAAAACCCAACCUGACUCUGAUGUUGCAGAAGUAAACAUGUAUAACAGAGUAACCUGACCCUGCCACAAACCAUCACAGCUCACCAACAGUCGUCAAACAAAAGCAGAACUGAAGUUAAACCACAAAAAGGCACGUCAUGUUUUUUGAAACACUUAACUUGGCGGCAGAUCAGUGACCUGCUUAACAGGGUAAGAAAAAAAGAAGAAGAAAAAAGGUGCCAUUCAGGCUGAACUGAAACAUGUGCAAACAGAAACAACAGUGAAAUGAAAGCAAAGCACAAAGUGUACGAGGCUCAUUUCACCACAAAACAAGCAUGUUUGUCCACUACUGUCUGCCUUACAGAGAGCGGGAUGAGAGCUACGUUUAGACUGGAAAGUUUGACUUUAAACCAAUCUUUAUGUGUCAUUUAAGCUCUUUAAAGAAUAAAUAAUCAAACAUUUGAUAAGAUAUUUUCUAUACUAUACUUUCUAGACCGAUCACAAAGCAGCCAGACAGACACAGGCCUGGCUUAGGUACUUAAGUCCAUCUGAGACCAAAUUCUGGUGCAAAAUAAAAAUGUUCCAAUAUUUGAUUUUUGUUGCUUUUUUUGGUCUCAUAUCACAGCUGAAAGCAGGACAGCAGAAGACAAAGUCUCCUUGUCUUUAUUCAUACACCUAGAGACAAAUAUGCUUUUUUAAUUACAUUUAAAUUACCCUCCAUAAAUAAAACUCAAUAAAAAGGGAAACAACAGAAAAGACACCCAUCCUAUAAAUAAAAAAAGAAAAAGAUUUCCAGCCGAACACAGCGAUAAAGAUCUGUAUACAAAAUAAAUACAAAAGAAAAACUUUAAAACUCAUAUGAACAAUAUACAGUGUUACUAAUAUCAUGUUAAACCUCUGAUUAACUUAGUGCAUUUUUUCCAUUCACCACAAGAAAUACAAAUCUUAUCUUUUUUUCCUUAUUUAUCUUUUUUUUUAGCAAAUAAACAGGCAAAUUAAGAUCCUAACGAUUAUCCAAAGAAAAGGAGGCGAUGCAAGGUGUAGCGCCCACCGCGGAGCUCUUUGUUGACAUGUCUGUGUUGCGUACAGUAUGCUGCAAAGGAUUUACAGCGGUCAUGUGGAAGAUGGGAGACGAGUGUGAAUCUGUGUUUUGUCUUUUUUUUUUAGUCUUUUUUAAAAACAGUUUACUACGCAAAGACAUGGACGAACAUCUCUGUAAGUAAGGUUUUUGUGUUUCUCUCUGAGUCUUCGGAACUACGUGUUGACAGUAAGGCUUCCCAGCCUUUUGCUGCAAGGUGUUACCGCUGCUACUGAUGACGGCUAUCGUCUACGACCUGACGUCACGACACAGAGAACGAGCAAUGUCAUUUUGGUGCGUGCCUAGUGCCGGAUGGUGUGUUUAAAACAGGCAGACAAAAAAAAAAAAAAAUUACAAUUCUCUACUGGCCUUUUG